AUGUCCAUCGGGUAUGCUAUCCUCAGUCUCAUCUGGUUCUUUCAAUAUGGGAGACAUUGGAAUGAUGUUUUACUACUACAGCACUGCAUUACUUCCGUUAUUGCUCUUGGGUUGUUGGAGAUGACUUUCUGGUACCUUGACUACACAUACUUUAACAACACCGGAACAAGGCCAGUGGGAAUCACCACCUGGGUUGUGACAAUUGGAGCUAUAAGAAGAACUGUUUCUCGCCUUCUUAUUCUUUCUGUUGCAAUGGGCUAUGGUGUUGUCCGUCCAACCCUUGGUGGUCUUACAACGAAGGUGCUGCUCCUCGGAAUAACUUGUUUCGUAGCAUCAGAAUUGCUUAACAUCACCGAGUAUGUAGGAACCAUAAAUGACGUAGCAGGGCGAGCAAGAGUAUUUCUGGUCCUUCCUGUUGCAUUUUUGGAUGCUUUUUUGAUCUCAUGGAUUUUCACUUCUCUUUCGAAGACACUAGAACAACUACAGGCUAAAAAGAGUUCUAUUAAAUUGGAUAUUUACAGAAAAUUUUCAAAUGCGUUGGCAGUUACAGUUAUUGCAUCGGUUGUGUGGAUAGGAUAUGAGGUUUACUUUAAAGCAACAGAUCCAUUCAAUGAGAGGUGGCAGAGUGCCUGGAUUAUCAAUGCUUUCUGGGACAUACUUGCAUUUGCCUUGCUCUGUGUUAUUUGUUAUCUCUGGGCACCAUCACAAAGCUCCCAGCGUUAUGCAUAUUCGGACGGCAAGGGAGACGAGAUCGACGAUGAAGAAACCGAAUCCUUAUGUAGAGAAACUUCGAAAGGUAUCAGUUUAGUAAAGCAAGACAGGAAGGAUGACAGCGAGACAUCUGAUCCAGAAGAAGAAACCGAAGAGUGCAAAAGGGAAUGA